GCGACGCAAUCCUCUCAACAAGAGGAAAGACAUAGUUCAAAACGAGCAUCCCGCCCAGUUGAUCUGAUCGUUUCAACCAAAUAAACACACUCGGGCGCGCGCGCACAUACAUACAUGCAUACAUACACACGCACACACAGGACGGAAAAAUCGACUGAGCAGCGCAGACACACAACUAAUACAGCAUCAAUCGGUCCGCACACUGCAGCACACGCCAACCCGGACUUAUCCAUCUCCACACUAACUGGGAAAAAAUAGAUACAUAUAUAUUUAAAAGAAUAAAUGUGCCAUAUUCUUCGUCAUCAUUAGUUUCAUUGCGGAAACGGUGGACGCUACUUUGAAUCUGGACCUAAAUACAUGCUGAACACUGAAAUCGCGAAGGCUGGGACGUUCUGUAAUCGUUUAUAAGGGAGAGGGGCGGAAAAUAACUGCGUUUCCCUGCAAAACGAAGAACCUCCAGACCGUUCCACUGCACCAGAUCUGUAGCUACAGGUACAUCGGUGAGGUAAGCGAGAGAACACUGACCGAAACACCUGAAGCUGGAUUUGAGCUGCUUUGUGUUUGGGGAGAGCGUCACCUUUCACCUGCCAGUCUGAGACGCAGAGCUCAUUUUCUUCAGAGUAACAUUCGGUGAGACGUGGGCGAGACACAGGUGAGACGCAGUCAUGGACGAGAUGGACCUGCCGCAGAUGAAGAAGGAGGUGGAGAGCCUGAAGUACCAGCUGGCAUUCAAGAGGGAGAAAUCCUCCAAAUCCGUCACAGACUUAGUGAAGUGGAUUGAGGAUGGCGUGCCAGAGGAUCCUUUCCUGAACCCCGAACUGAUGAAGAACAACCCCUGGGUGGAGAAGGGCAAGUGUGCCAUCCUUUAAUGGCCCCACUCCAACGCCACGCCGCACCCACACUGCCAGACGGUGCCCCCUCUCUCACGGUGAAUGUACAGCAGACUGUGUCGCCAGGGAAACUGGAAACACCACUUGCAUCACCGUUCAUAUUUAUUCAUAUAUAUAUUCAUAUAUGCAAACACAUGCUCUGUAUUCAGCUCAUAGUUUAAUCCAGAAAACAGUCUACUUGGUAUUUCUUUCUGCUGCUGUCUGCACAUUUUUAUCUAUGAAUCCAAGAUACAGAUGUGCAUGGCGUAGGCACACACACACACACACACGCACAUUAUUCUCUCUCACACACACACACACAAACA